GGCACUGGGUAAUCACAGAUUCAUAGUAUAUGAUUCUCUCCACUCUACUAUUUCCAUUGGCCCCUCUUGCUUUUUCUCUCUCCUUUUUCGUUUGUCCUCCCCUUCACUCUCCCCUCUCUCAAAUACCACAGUUUUUGUUUUUUUGGAUGAAAAACCAAAAACCCAUUAAAAAAAAACCACUCUUCAAUGCCUCCUCUUUCACCUCAAACACCAUGAAUUUAGGGGUUUGAUGAAAUGUGGAGAGCUUGAACAUUCAAUUCUCAACGUUUUCUCAAAGACUUUUUCUCGAGAAAAUGAUUGUGAUGGGGAAGAAUGUGCUGGUGUUGGCCCUCACCCUUGUAGUCUUGUUUGGUGGUUUCUCAUCAGCUCAAGCUACCUCUCCUGCAAAGGUUGUUAGUGGGUUUCUCUCAAAUGUUGUCUCUGUACUGAUGAAAUGGUUGUGGUCACUCAAAGCUACUACCAAAACAGCAAUCACCGGCCGUCCGAUGAUGAAGUUUGAGAGUGGGUACAGUGUUGAAACUGUGUUUGAUGGUAGUAAGCUUGGGAUUGAGCCCUACUCUGUGGAGGUGUUGGCCAGUGGGGAGCUUCUGGUACUGGACUCUACUAACAGUAAUAUCUACAAGAUUUCUUCCCCUUUGUCUAUCUACAGCCGGCCAAAGCUGGUUGCUGGAUCUGCUGAAGGAUACUCUGGACAUAUAGAUGGGAAACCAAGGGGGGCAAGGAUGAACCACCCAAAAGGGCUUACAGUGGAUGAUAGAGGAAACAUUUAUAUUGCAGAUACGGUGAAUAUGGCAAUCAGGAAAAUAACUGAUACGGGAAUUACUACAAUAGCAGGAGGUAAAUGGGGCCGUGGAGGAGGGCAUGUAGAUGUAGCGAGUGAAGACACUAAGUUUUCAAAUGAUUUUGAUGUGGUUUACGUCGGAAGCAGUUGCUCCCUCCUUGUCAUAGACAGAGGAAGCCAGGCAAUCCGGGAGAUCCAACUGCGUUUUGAUGACUGUGUUUACCAAUAUGGAAGCAGAUUCCCUCUUGGAGUCAUAUUGCUUGUCGCAGCUAGCUUCUUUGGUUACAUGCUGGCGUUGCUGCAACGAAGGGUCAGUACCAUGGUGUCUCUCCAAAAUGAUGAGAAGACACCAAAUCCAAGCAUUCCACUGAGUCCAUAUCAGGAUUCUAUGAAAUCAUCAGCGAGACCACUGUUAAUACCAACUGAAGAUGAAGACGAAAAGCUCGAAGAAAGUUUCUUCGGAUCUCUUGGCAAGCUUCUUGUCAACACCAGGGCAUCAGCUGCAGAAAUCUAUAGAGCAAUAUUUCCGGGGUCUAGAAAGAAGCCGAUGAACUAUGAAUAUCAACACCAGCAACAACAAAAGCAUUCAAAUGCGUGGCAGGUGCAAGAGAGCUAUGUGAUACCCAAUGAAGACGAGCCCCCACCUAUUGAGUCCCGGACCCCACCUAUCGAGUCCCAGACCCCUACUCUAGGAAAAACCUACCCGUUCAUGUCGAAGGAUGCUGAGAAAAUGCAACAGCUUUUGCAAAGCCGGGAUUUUUAUGGCGAGUGGAACAGAGACUUCCACCAUUGACCGCCCCUACAGAAACAGCAACACCAUCAUUGGUAUUGUUCAUCUACCCCACAAAUUUACUAUGAGCGGAGUCGUGAGGAAACCAAUGAGAUUGUGUUUGGAGAAGUUCAGUAACAGGAUGAACAGUUUGGAUCAUGGGAAUUGCAUUCCUGAUAUGGCUUCUAUGGGUUGUACUUGUGGCUAUUAAUGUUGUACAUAAAACAAGUUUUUGGCAUUUAAAAUUUUUUAAGGUAUAGCAAUAAGAAAAUAUCAUUUUGGAAAGUGGAGUGUUUGUAGGAAAAGGCAUUGUAGUCCUAAAACACUUUGCAGCGCUAUGAAAGUGAAUUCAAAUUGAUGGCA